AUGGAUGGGGACAAGUUUCAAGGAGCAGUCCUAUCUGAGGCUGACAAUGAUGAUUUGACAUUUCUCUAUACAGCAGCAUCUACGGGUAAUAUCAAGAUUGUACGGAUUCUUAUUGGCCAAGGAGCAGAUCUAAAUAGGGUUGGUCAAAAUGGCAGCACACCUCUAGAAGCGGCAUCACUCGAAGGUCAUCUCGAUGUUGUAAAGUUUCUCAUUGGCAAAGGAGCAGAUCUAAAUAGGGCAGGUGAAGGUGGCAGGACACCUCUCUAUGCGGCAUCAUCCAAUGGUCACCUCGAUGUUGUAAAGUUUUUAAUUGGCCAAAAAGCCGAUGUAAAAAAGGCUACCUUUUAUGGCAGCACACCUCUCCACGCGGCAUCAUCCACUGGUCAUCUCAAGAUUGUACGGAUUCUCAUUGGCCGAGGAGCAGAAAUGCAUAGGGCUGGUAAUGAUGGUAGGACACCUCUCCACGCGGCAUCAUCAAAUGGUCAUCUCGAUGUUGUAGAGCUUCUUAUUGGCCAAGGAGCGAAUCCAAAUAGGGCUGAUUUUAAUGGCAGGACACCUCUAGAAGUGGCCUCACUCGGAGGUCAUCUCGAUGUUGUACAGUUUCUCAUUGGCCAAGGAGCGGACUUAAAUAGGGGCAAUAAAAGUGGAAGUACACCUUUCCUCAUGUCAGCAUUCGAAACACCUCUACACGCACAGUUAAUUGAUAAUGAUCUAGUCGUUGGUUCAAAAAAGGAAAGCGGGAGUGUCGAAAAACAGGUGGAUAGCGAAGCAAACGUAGAGACCUCAAAAAGAGAACAGCAAAACAUAGACUCUGCAUCUUCUGAACAGGUCGUACAAGAUGUUGUUCGUGAAUCCAUGGGGGCAUCCCAUCAGCAAUCAGGCUUGAUUCGCAUCGAAAAGUAUGGCAUUAAAGUCCAGUUUCAUCCAACCCGCACCCAGCUGAUCUGUUUCGGAGAAGCGAACUUUAAUUGCAAGCCGGCGGUGAGGGGAUUCCCCUCGCAUCGCUACGUCACCGCUAACUAG